AUGUUGAAACUUAAUAGUAAAGAAGGUACUGAUUUUAGCGAAAGUCAAAAUUCGUUAACUGUGGAGAAAAAAUUGAGACGUUACUGUAUGAGUAAAAAUGAGAAAAUUAUCAGAUUAUGUCUAGAACUGUUGACAGCUGCUGUAGGUAUUACACCACUAAUACUAUUAUAUAACGCUGCACAAGGUGGUUUCUCAGAUCAAUUAUAUGGAUUUCGACAGGCUGAUGGAUUCAUGCUCCAAAUUUGGCAGUACGGAUUGCUGGCAAUGAGUACAAUUUGCAUAUUGGCUGCAACGAGAGUAAUCCUAAGUAUCAAAGAAACAUAUUUGCGAUGGCGUGUUGCACAUUCAUUCAGGAUAAUUGAACUAGACACACAUCUAUCUCAAUCAUUAGAUCCCUCAAGUUUGAAACUAAGUAAAAUGGCUUGGAUUACUUCCAUUAUGAUAAUUGUACUUGGUGGUGCUGUCACUGCUCUACAUAAUACUGCAUUUACAAUUCAUAAAGGACAAUUAAUAACAGACACAUUUGCACAUGCAAAGGUCAGUCCUGCAAGUGGAGGUUUGGGAUUAGAACCUUCUUUACAAUUUCAGAACAACUGCAGCUCAUACAGUCUAGGUACUCUAGUUCGGAAAUUAAAUACGUGUCCAUUUGGAUUAACCCCUGAAGGCAUGGUGGACUACUUAGCUAACAGUCAAGUGGCAAAUGAUACUGGUAUGAGAGAAUACGGGGGGAUGGUUUUCUCGGAUCGACAGCCUGUACCUACUAUAGUGGAGAUAAUGAAUGGAACGAUUAAUGCCACUGCUACUUAUUCAAAUGUUCCUUUAUUCGAUUAUACCGUCGAUUGUUCAAUAGAAUCAAAUCAAACAUUCGGGCAGAAAGUAAUUGCAAAUGGUAUUCCUGGUAUAUUCUAUGUGAUAGCCAAUGAUACUAAAUUUCCUGAUAAAUUGGUAUUCUAUUCUGUUGCUGCUAAUAAUGUAGUUGGUAUGGCAACAUUUUCCUAUGGAAAUGGUACAGGAGACGUAUAUAUGUAUUUUUCACGUAAAAAUUCAACUGUUACAACUACUACAACUGUGAUGCCUAACAAAGGACAACUAGAAAUAGCUGAUUAUACUAUCCUAUCUUUACAACAUUUGUCAAUGGUUGUAUCUCAACUUUACCGGAGUCCGUUUGACGAAUUUCUUGGCAAUAAUACUGAUGGGAAUUUUUCACCUGAAUUUCUUGCCAUGCAAAUUAAAUCAUUAUUGCGAAAAGGUCAUUAUCUUAUUAAUACUGGAUUUGGCACUACCAAAGCCAUUGAAGGCACACUUACUACCAAUAUUAAUCAGUUCAAUGAUAAUAAUUUUUAUACACCUAUUAUAGCAGCUGAAGUCUAUUCUGCUUCCACAUGGUGGGCAUUUGGAUCUCAUGCAGUAAAUAAACCUGUAGAUGGGUGUACUGGUGUUAUGUCUGAAGAACAUAGGGAUAAAAUAUUAGCACUACGUGAAACAAGGGAAGGACACCUUCAAAUGACUAUUCCGACAGAUGGUAACGUUCCAUCAGAUGAAUGCAAAUAUGCAGGCUAG